CUAGAAAUGACCCGGAUGAGAUAAACUCCACCUCAAGCGACUACAACAUGGCAGCGUACACAGAUGACUGUAAGAUGUGUGAUGAUGUGCCUGAGCUGUCGGACAGUGAUGAGGAACAGUGGCAGUCGAUGGAGGAGGCGUCUGAAAACACAACACUGCAGUGUUUAUUCUGCGACAGGACUCUCACCUCUGUGUCUGAGACUUUCCAACACUGCACGGCUGAUCAUGAUGUAGAUAUUCCAGAUCUGGUCCAAAAACACAAACUUGACGAUUAUGGCUACAUAAAGAUGAUAAACUACAUUAGGACAACAAAAUGCUCUGCUGAGAGUUUGGCACUGACUUCAGAUGACCCACUGCCAUGGGUCGGUGAUGAAUAUAUGAAACCAGUGUUACAAGAUGACCCAUUACUUCAGAUCGACGUUGAAGAGUUUAGCGAAGCCUCAUGUGGGACGGGGGGCUCUUCUGCUGCUGAUCAGGUGAAUGUUGAAGACAGAGUUCAGAGAGCAGAGGAAGCGUUGGCCCGUGCCAUGCAGGAUAUGCACAAACUCAAAUUGUUGGCACAAGGUCUAGUGCUGAACACAGACACAAGUCAUGGCUCUUCAUGCUCAGGGCCAUCGCCGAGUUGAGAGAAGAUGAAGACGAGGCCUACUUUAGCUCUUAUGGCCAUUACAGCAUCCAUGAGGAGAUGCUGAAGGACAAGGUGCGCACUGAGAGCUACCGAGACUUCAUGUCGCAACAUGGAUAUCUUCAAGGACAAGGUG